GAGUCAGGGAUAGAGGCUGGGGACAGCUGCUAGAAGGAUUCGUUUCAAUAUAUCUGCAGAAAAAGGAACAACAUUUAUCUAAUAACAGGAACCAUACACUGGGAAAACACUGAGAUGGAGGCCAGGCAACAGGGUCUGCUGGAGACACAACCUCUGCAAGAAGUAGAUGAAGACAUUGUAGCAGAGGUUGACCUGAGCAACAGUGUUUCUGAUGAAGAAAGAGAAGAGAUGCAAGUAGAGCUAGACAAGCUAGAAGAGGAAAUCGCCACAUUGAGACAGGUUCUGGCUACCAAAGAGAAGCACCACGCUGAGUUAAAACAGAAACUCGGACUUAACCCACUAAGUGAAUUCAGACAGAACUUUAGUAAAAGCUGGCAUGAAAUGCAGACCUCCAUAGCGUACAAGAAGACACAGGAGACCCUAAGCACUGCCGGACAAAAGGCGUCAGCAGCUUUUAGUAAUGUAGGCAAUGCAAUCAGCAAGAAGUUCGGCGAUAUGAGCAUAAAUGGCCUUCAGAGUCUGUUCCCCAAAAGAUCACAGUCCAUUGGCUACUCUGUCCAUCAUUCAAUGAGCCUGCCGACAAUGAGGAAUUCCCCUAGUUUCAAGUCCUUUGAAGAGAAGGUUGAAAGCACUGUAUCCACUUUAAAGUCCAAAGUGGGAGUUCCAAGCAACAGUGGAGGAAGUUUUGAAGAGGUCCUGUCAUCCACUGCUCAUGCCAGUGCCCAGGACAUCCCUGCUGCUCCUACCAGGCUGACAGAGAGCAGUGAGCAGCAGUCUCCGAACACCGGCUCAUUCUGAGCACAGUGGGGUGGAGAAUCCCAAGAGAGACGAGGCCUAGGGGUUCAACUGACAGUAAAACUACUUUUAGAGGCCUGUAUUUUCAAACCUCACUGCUGGCACUUACAAAGGAUCAUAAGAGUGAAUAAAAAAACGAUUGCUUGCAUCAGGCUCACACAUAUCUUUUAGAAAGUGGCCUCAAAAGCAGUUCUACUUAAUAUGUUUAUAAACACAAUUGUGCAGUACUUUGAAUAUGAAAUGUUUCUUAAGUGGUCCUAUCAGUAUAAAUUAAUAUUCUAAAAAAACAUUCCUUUUUCAGUGCAAACAUGCAUAUUUAAAAAAAAAAAAACGGGAACAAAUGUUCAUGAUCUAAUUGUAAUAAUUUAUCAGUCAGAAAUCAAGUGUUGUACAAUCAGUAGUUUUGAGCAUGUGAUGAAGUUUUGCUGAUAUUUUUUUUGUCCAGAAUAUGAAUGAGAACAUUCACUACAAAUAACUACUAGUUGCUUUAUAUUGCUCCUAUUAUUUGAUUGGAGAAUCUAUGAAUUAACAUUAGUGAAAUAUAUAUUGAUACACAAGUUAAUAGUUUGUAGUAAUCAGCGCUAGUAUUUAAAAGAUUUCUAUGUAAUGCUUAAAGUAUUUAGAUAUGAAUUGUAACUUUUUUCAUAUUUAUUGAAGCUAAGUGCUGCAGAGAAAAAAAAACAUGUGUUUCUACAAAUUAUUAAGUCAUAAAAACAUGAAAAAAAAUCACAUAAUUUUACAUUUGUUGGCCCAUAGCCUAUGUCCAAACAUCACGCUGACAGACUGAUUAUGGUUAUGAAGUGGCUAAACCAAUCUGGGACGAGAAGUCAAAGCUAGCCAUGCAUCAUGGUAGUGAGACAAAUUAGGUAAAUCAAACCAAAAAACAAAAACUGUGAAAAGUGUGUAAAUGUGCAUUCUCAGGCUUGUGGUUGCACCUAAACUGGGCUUGAGAAUGGUCCCCAGAGGUCUCUAAUUAUCACCAGACAAGACUUUAAAGCCUUAUAGGUUUCAACAGGUUAUUAGCUCGUAAAAAUGUGUUUUUUUUUUGUUGUUUUUUUCACAUUUCUGUAUAUUAUACCUAGGUUACCUGUCCCAAUACUAUUGUCUAGCAAGGAUAUUGAAAGUAGCUCACAUUAUUUUAUUGUUGUAUUUAUAAAUCUGUCAUUUUACAUUCAGGUUUUAUUGUGGUUUUACAUGUGCUUGAACACUGGUUACCUCUAAAUGUUUUUUUUUUGUUUGUUUGUUUUUUACAAUAAUCUAUUUUAGGAUUGCAGAUAAGUUUGCACUUGUCCUUAUUAUAUUGUUGUGAAGAUCAAUAGACUUUGUGAGCACAAAUAUAUGUUGUGGUGUUAUUUAAAAAAAAAAACAUAAACAAAAAAACUUGUAGGUCAAACCAUAUCAAUUCCUGUGCAUAAGCUGUACAAUAUGCAGUUAUAAUAAAGUUAUUAAAAUAUACUGUA